AUGCCAGAAGGUAAGGCUCCUCAUUUUCCUCAACAACCUGUUGCACGGCAAAACGACGAUGGUUCGCUGGAAUUGGAAUGCUUUCUAGAAGCUCAACCAGUUCCUGAUAUUAAAUGGUUUUACGAUACUACGGAACUGAAACAAGAUCAUCGAUUCAAUUUUAGGCUUGAUAACAAAGGAAAUGAUGCUUAUUCAGCCAUUCUUCAAAUUAAGGAUCUUGCGGAUAGUGAUGCGGGUGCAUAUAGGUGCGCCAUUGUUAAUCCACACGGUAAAGGCAAUGCCAACUUCAACCUAAAACUUACAGGAUUCAGCGCUCCAACGUUCGUAGAAAAGCCGCAAAUUUCAUCUCGUGACGAUGGACAAAUAAUGGUAAUGGAAUUUAGGGCGAAAUCAAUUCUAAAACCGACGUUUGUUUGGCAAAAGGGCGAUGAAAUUGUCGCUGAGUCAGAAAGAGUCAAAAUUGUCCUGAAAGAAGAAUCGAACCAGGUCUAUUAUGCGGCUCUCGAGAUCAAGGAGCCAACGAAAGAGAAGGAUGCUGGUCAAUUCGUUUGCACAGCGAAAAACGAAUCCGGAAAACUAACUGCCACAUUUACUGUUAAAUUUGAAGUUCCACAAGGAGCUCCGACAUUUACUCGCAAGCCACAAAUUCUCCAGAAAACAUCGGAAUCUGGUGACCCGGCUAUUGUUUUUGAUAUUGGAUUCCAAGCUGACCAAAAUCCCGAAGUGAUUUGGCUUAAUCCGAAAGGCAAAAAAAUGAAGGAGUCAAGUCGUAUAAAAUUCGGUCUUACUCCAGAUGGCGGUGCAAAUACUUUUACUGCAAUGCUUGAAUUGAAAAACUAUAAAGCGAAAGAUAGCGGCACAUACACGUGUAACAUCAAGAAUGAAGCUGGUGAAGCUAACGUUGAACUUACGCUGAACAUCGAAGGCCCACUGGAUGAUGGAGCUGAUGAUGCUAGCGAAGCUUGA